ACUCAAAGCGAUUUUUGUUUACCUAAUUAAUUUUAAAUAAAUAAUAGAUUUUUCUUAAAUCUUUUACUCUAUCGUAAUUAAUUCAAGCGCAAAAGUUUUCAUCAUGUCUACUGAUCUAAGUGCAAGUUUCAACGAGCAGUACAUCAAUAUAAAUACGAAACUUAAAAAACGAUUCAUGCGUAAGCCAAAUGUUUCUGAAGCCACAAACGAGUUUAUAGGGCUUGCAAUUCAGUGUGAACAUUCAGAGCAACCGUCUUUCGCUGGACAAACGUAUAUCGGUGCUGCGAAAUGUGAAGCAUCUGCUGGAAACUCACUUGGCGAAGCUGAACAGUACAUAAACGCUGCUAGACAGUUUAUGAAGGCUGAGAAAAAAAUAUCCGCUUUAAAAUUGUAUAGCCCUGAUAGAGAAAAUUUAGAGGCAGCAAUAGGAUGUUUCCUACAAGCGUUACAUAAGUAUCCUGAAAAGUCACCACUACGCACUUCUAUUCUGAUGGAAAUAUCAAAUGACCUUCUAGAAUUAGAUCAUAAACUGGAAGCUAUAGCAUAUUAUGAGCAAGCAAUAGACACAAUUGAAGAAGAGGCUCUUAAACUGAUGUGCUUGUUUAAGCUGAUGAAUAUGCAAAUUGAUGCUGGUAAACUUGAAAGAGCUUUGAUAACUGGCAAUACCAUUGUAGAUUUUGACUACCAUAAACCAGAGAGGAUAUUAGCCGAAGUACAAGUAUGCAGAAUUCUCCUUGCUCUUAUUGUUGAUAUGGACGAAGCAAACAGGACAGAAUCAUUGAAAAAAUUGCUAUCGGAUAUCAUGAAUGAUGAAGAUAAUGAUUCAAUACCAUUCAACCCUGACCUAAAACUGAAGUUACAGUCAAUCAUUAUAUCAACCAACAUGUCUGAUCAACAGGCCCUCAUCAAUAUUUCGUCAGACACUAAACUGCAUUUGACGACUCAGCAAAGUGAUCUACUUGAUAUGCUAAUUGAGAAACUACAAGAAGAGCAGUAAAAUUGUUGUUGUGAUUAUAAUAUCGAAUAUAUAAUAUAAUAAAUAAUGUUAUUUAAGGUUUCCCCUUUUUUUAAGAUUUGUGAAGUUAGUUUUGUCUCAUUCUAAACUACAUUUACAAAUAAUGUUGUUUAACUAUUGGACAUUUGUUUGAUAGCAUUUUAAACAGAAGUAUAAUAAAAUAUAUAUAUUUUGUAACAUUUUUUAAUUUGUUCAAUUUUUAUAAGCACAAAUGUUACAUUUUAUUUUUAAGUGUUAUUCUUGUGA